CAUCAGCUAGUUAGGCUACUAUAAUUUUGCAAAAUGGGGGAAAAUAUGAAGUAUUCUACGUUCCAAGGGUUUAGACCUCAUUUCGAUGCGUUGGCAAGAGUCGGCUAUUUCAAAAUAGUUUUGAAGCCUUUGUCUCCUCAGAAACAAUUCUUGCACAACACUUAUCGUUUUCUGUCGUGGACUUUUAUUCUAACGUACAAUUUGCAACAUGUCAUACGAGUUGUGCAGGUCAGGCACAGCACCAAUCUAAUAGUUGACACGCUGUUCAUAUUGCUUACCACCCUGAAUUCGUUGGGAAAACAAGUAGCCUUCAACAUCAGGACUCGACGUAUUGACAAACUCAUCGACAUCAUUAAUGGACCCGUUUUCGAAGCAACCAAGCCGUAUCAUGUAAAGGUGCUGAAAGAAAAUGCACUGGUCAUGUCCAAGCUUCUCACGUUAUAUCACGGAGCGAUAUUUACCUGUGGCACCAUGUGGACCGUGUUUCCCAUCGUGAACAGGGCUUUAGGCGAAGAAGUGCAGUUCACCGGGUACUUUCCUUUCGAGACCUCGAGCACGAUUACAUUUUCGCUGGCAUUGGCCUACAUGAUUAUUCUGAUAACCUUCACUUACGGCAACGUAACAAUGGACUGUACGAUCGUAGCAUUUUACGCGCAGGCCAAAAUACAAAUACAGAUGCUUCGCCACAACUUGGAACAGCUGGUGGAAUUUGACGACUCUGCUAAAAUAAAUACACAGUUGAACAAGAGGACUGAUCUCUACAGUACAUCUUAUAAAGAUGAACAACAGGAGAGAGUGGCGAUACAAGAGAGACUUAAGAAAUGCGUGCAGCAUUAUUAUCAGAUUUUGCGGUUUGCUAAAGAAGUAGAGUCGAUAUUUGGCGAAGCAAUGGUCGUGCAGUUCUUUGUGAUGGCUUGGGUCAUAUGCAUGACUAUGUACAAGAUCGUUGGGUUAAGCAUAUAUUCGGCCGAGUUUGUUUCCAUGGCCGUGUAUUUGGGUUGCAUGCUAGCUCAGCUGUUUAUUUACUGCUAUUUCGGGACACAACUCAAAGUUGAGAGCGAGCUGGUAAAUCAGUCGAUAUACUGCUGCGACUGGAUGAAGCUGUCACCGCGGUUCCGAAGACAACUGCUGGUGAUGAUGCAAUGCUGCGGCCGACCGAUAGCGCCUCGCACCGCAUAUGUCAUCCCUAUGUCUUUGGAUACGUACAUUGCGGUGUUGCGGUCUUCAUACACUCUCUUCACGUUCUUGAACCGUUAAAAGUUUAACAUCUGUAUCACCACAAAAUUCAUGAUAAAGAAACAAAAACUGUUAGAGGAAAAUGCUUCGUCAUCGUCAUCAGCCGAUUUGUCUCAAUGCAGGACACAGGCUUCUUCUCGUACAGGAAAGGAUAUGCUUCUAAAUAAAUUAUUCAAUUUAUUUUGCCUAAUAGAAUAAACUUCGUUUGUAAUGGAAAAUAACUUUUUCUUUCAGGAUAUGGGUUUUACUGUAAUUUUACGGUAUUUUUUAGAUCGGUACAUAUCAUAACAAUAUAGUGUUGGUGAGUUCUAGCGAUAUUUGUAUACAGCAGAAUCAGAGGUCGGUCGUAAAAUUGACCACCGUUUGAUUCAUUGCGCCUAUUUACUGCCGUUUUAUGGCCAGCAGUACAGCCCACCGCCUGAAGUAAGCCGUUGUCGAAACCCAAGACUUGUAUUGUUCUACAGCUCUGUCUCAUAACGGUUGUGUACCUACGUAAACAAAUAUCUGCAAACUAUUUAUUAAGUCAUUUCUUCAGUAUUUUGUGGCUCAGUGACAGUGUAAUGAGCACUUGAUCAUAAUGUGUUGACGAAGUUAUUUGGGCCAAAAAGAAAGCAUCAUUGUUUUCGUCUGCUGUCUGUGUCACUGAAAAAUAAACAUUAGAAGCAACUAUAAAUAAAUAUUUGUGUUUUAUUUACUCGUCGGCGCGACCGCAACGUUUUCACAAUCUUGUAAUACAAUUAUUUUAAGCACUGUUUCUUGAGAGAACCGCUUAACUUCGGCGGGAAGAUGCUUGCGCUGUGACUCACGCGGGCUUUGCCAGACAAUUCAGGAGCCCAAACCGGCAAAACCCGCCUCUUCAGUGCUCCGU